AUGCUGCAUAUGCGACCGCAUGCCCAUGGCACGCGCGACAAGGCGUUUGCGUGGUGGGAAUUCUCAAUCAGCACAUGUGCCCCGGGUCAAGAGCUGAGGCAGAACUGUGCUGGCUUGCUGCUUAUCGAGUACCUCUCGGACGAAGGCUCGCCCCUGAGCAUCGAAGCAGAAAUUGCCGCCAUCGCUGCCUCGGAGCGCUACGCUGAUCUCCAAACCUCAUGUACCGUCCACGAGGAGCCGGGCAAGUUCUACGAGGACCUGGCCGCAUUUGGCUUGAACUACGGACCUACCUUUAGCACCAUGACCGAGAUCCGUCUCGGAAAGGGCGCCUCAUGCUGCACGGUGGAGGUUUCCGACCAUGGUUCAACAGUUGUUCCUCCAGCGUCGAUUGGGAAGCCGUACAUUAUCCACCCUACCACACUCGAUGCCAUGUUCCACGCCGUAUUCGCUGCGCUGAAGGGACCCGGUGGAGUCCUCAAAGGUGCAAUGGUUCCCAAAUCCAUUGAUGAAAUUACGAUUGCCGCCGACAUGGACAUUGCUGAGAAGUCACUCUUCCGGGGAUACGCCACUGCGAACAAGCACGGCUUCCGGGAGAUCAUGUCAGAUGUACACAUGCUUGACAACAGCUUGAGCAAGCAAGCCGUGUCCAUCCGAGGUUUUUGCUGUGCGGAUGUGGCUGGUGCUGUCGACCUCGCUGAUGCCGGCGCGGAUGCAAUCAACCUGUGCACCACCACCACCUGGUUGCCGGCCAUUGAGCUGCUAUCGCCGGAGCAGCUUCAGAGCGUUGUUGAGGCUUUGGCCAAGGAUGCCCCGGAGCUGCAAGAGUCUCGUGUCAAAGUGCAAGAGCUCGUGAAGCUGGCAGUGCAAACGACGCCAGCACUGUCAAUCCUGGAACUCGGUGGGGAUGCGCUGCCCAUUCUUUCCGAUCUCGCUGCAGCCAACGUCGCAUCGUUGUUCGAGUACACAGUCGCCAGCAGCAACACCGAGUGGCUAAAAUCGGCCGAGGAGCAGCUGGCAGCUACCAACCUGCAGUCUAGAUUUACAUCGUUUGACUUGGAGAAGCCCUUCGAAAGUCAAGGUCUUGCGCAAGGCUCUUUCGACAUCAUUCUGGGCUCAGCCACGGCAGGCGAUGGACAGGAUAUCCAGACACUAAAGCAGCUGUCCAAGCUGGCAAAGACUGGUGCUACAAUCUGCUUGACCGAACAUCUCUCCGAGGAUUCCGAUAGCGAACUCGCCCUCCAAGCAAAGGAGCAGUGGGAAGACUUACUCCAGAGCUACGGUCUGCAGGUGCAAUUCACCUCCUCCGCUUCAAACUCCAGUCUCACAGUCGCAAACGUCCCCAAUGCCCAGGAUGAGGCUGCCGCAACCGACGAGAUUAUCAUCCUCGAGCCCGCAAGCCUGACCCUUGCUUCGCAAGCUCUCGCAGCCGAGAUCAGCGAACGGCUGCAGGCUGCCUCCAUUGCCUCAUCACGAAUGACGCUGGCAGACCCAUUGGCCAACCUCAAAGGCAAACGUUGCAUCUCGCUACUCGAGAUCGAGGCGUCCAUCCUCGAAGAUCUGUCUCAAGCGGACUUUGAAUCUCUCAAGGAGAUCAUCCUUUCCACAUCAGGCCUGCUGUGGUUCGUGGGCUUCGAAGGACCAGCAGCGUCGUUGAUCACUGGUCUUGCGCGCAGUAUUCGCAAUGAGAUCGCUGGCUUGGAGCUGUGCACUUUGCUCGCCCCCGUGAGCUCAUUCGAGUCCCAAGACGUGUUAGUAUCUGCCAUUGUCAAGGUGGCCACAUCGAGCAUUCGCGACCACGAAAUCCGAGCGGAAAAUGGAGUCCUUCAAGUCAGUCGACUGCUGGAGGAUGAGAACCUGAGCAACGCCAUCGCCGGCCUUCAGCGCGGGGAAAAGGUUCUCACGCCUCUAUCUCAGACGGUGCGACCGCAGAAACUCGUCAUCCAGAAUCCUGGUUUACUCGACUCGCUCUGCUUCGAACUGGACGAAACCCUGGAAAAGGAGAUCGGCGGCGAUGAGGUUGAGAUUGAGGUUUGCGCCAGUGGAGUCAACUUCCGCGACGUCAUGACAGCCAUGGGUCAGAUCCCCGACGAGACAGUCGGGCUGGAAGCCAGCGGUGUCGUCCGUCGAGUCGGGGCAAGCGUGACCAAAUUCCAAGCGGGCGACCGUGUAUCCUGCCUCGCUCACGCAGCCCACAAGCCCUUGAUCCGAGUGCCGGUGGUGCAAUGCAAGCAGAUCCCAGAGGGAAUGUCCUUUGAAGAUGCUGCCACUCUGCCCACGGUCCACUAUACCGCAUACCACGCACUGGUCAAUCUGGCUCGAGUCCGAAAGGGCCAGAGUAUUCUGAUCCAUGCCGCCGCUGGUGGUGUCGGUCAAGCUGCAAUCCAGGUGGGGAAGCAUUAUGGGCUGGAGAUCUUCGCAACUGUUGGGUCCGAGUCGAAGAGAGAACUGAUCAAGGAUGUUUAUGGUAUCCCAGAUGACCACAUCUUCAACUCUCGCGACGUCAGUUUUGUCAAGGGUCUUUUGCGCAUGACCAAGGGCCGCGGCGUCGACUGCGUGCUCAACUCGCUGUCUGGUGAAAUGCUUCGCCAGACCUGGUACUGUCUCGCGCCGUUUGGUGUCUUUGUCGAAAUUGGAAUGAAGGAUAUCCUCAGCAACAGUGGGCUGGACAUGUUGCCAUUCAAGAAGCACGCGACAUUUUGCUUCUUCAACCUGGAGAACAUCGCGACGAUCAACCCGCAGCUCAUCGACGAAAUCGGCGAGGGCGUCUUUGAUCUGCUUCGUCAGGGUGCCCUGAAGCCUGUAUACCCUGUUACUGUUUACCCCGUCUCGCAGAUGGAGAGUGCUUUCCGGCUGAUGCAGGCUGGUCGGCACCAGGGCAAGCUGGUCCUCUCGUACAGCCCCGACGAUGUCGUCCCCAUGCUUCGUCGAGCCGACGACGCGCUCCGACUGGACCCGAAUGCGACGUACGUUCUCGUCGGAGGGUUCGGAGGUCUGGGCCGCAGCUUGAUCCGCAUGUUUGCUGCCAGUGGUGCACGUCAUCUCGCAGUCUUCUCCCGGUCCGGAGCUGCCUCGGCCGCUGCCAAAGCGUGUAUCGAGGAGUCUGAGAAGCUGGGUACACAAGUCCAGACAUACCAGUGUGAUGUCGCGAAUGGACAAGCCGUCAAAGAGGCCGUCGACCACAUCCAACGCCAUCUCCCUCCGAUCAAGGGUGUCAUCCAGGGAGCCAUGGUGCUGCGCGAUGUGCUGUUUGAGCAAAUGACACACCAGCAAUGGAUCGAGUCGACGCGACCGAAAGUACAAGGGACAUGGAGUCUUCACCAGUACCUCCCGAAGGAUCUGGACUUUUUCAUUACCCUCAGUUCGUUCGCUGGCGUGUUUGGCAACCGUGGACAGGGCAACUACGCCGCCGCCGGUGCAUACGAAGACGCACUGGCCCACCACCGUCGCAGUCACGGCCUGAAAGCAGUGACGAUUGAUCUGGGAGUGAUGCGUGAUUCUGGAGUCCUCGCAGAACAGGGCACAACGGCCAACCUGAAGGACUUUGAUUCGUUUGCGAUCAGCGAUGCAACAUUCCACGCGAUGAUCAAAAAGGUCAUUGUCGACGAGUUGUCGGGCUCAACGACGCAGGCUCAGAUCACGACAGGCAUGCCGACCGGGAGAACCGUACAAGCUGCUGGUAUUGAUCGUCCCUACUUUUUCGACGAUGCUCGAUUCUCCAUCAUCAGUCAGGCUGGGGCACAGAGUGGCGAGAGCGGUUCGGGUGAGGUUUCGAUCGAGACGCAGCUUUCACGCGUUGCAUCGCGCGAUGAGGGCGUGCCGAUUGUGCAGGAAGCGCUGGUGAACCGGGUGGCCAAAUUCCUGCAAACUUCUCCAAGUGAGAUUGAUCCCAGCAAGCCGCUGUACCAUUACGGAGUCGACUCGCUGGCGGCGGUGGAGAUGCGCAACUGGGAUUUUAGAGAGAUCAAGGCGGAGAUUUCGCUGCUCGAGGUGAUGAGCGCGAGUCCGAUUGCGCAGUUGGCGCAGGAGAUUGCGAGCAGGAGCAAGAUUUUGAGCAAGUAG